UCACUUAAAUACCCACCCCCACUUCUUGUCUUCUCACAUUUGCAUCUCUUUCUUCCCCCUGCAAAAAAGCAAACUCAGAACCACGCAAGCAAACCUCCCUUCUCUCUCCCUCCUUUUUUCUCCGUAACGAAGCCUUCAGAGACCGACGCCUCCCAUCGAUCAUUAUCUGCAAACCAAGCGGGAGCCGCCAGCAGUAACAGCAAGCAAUUUCUUGGUUAACAAUAAAAUAGUCAAGAUGAGGAUGAGCUGCAAUGGAUGCCGAGUCCUUCGCAAGGGUUGCAGCGAGAACUGCAGCAUCAGGCCUUGUCUCCAAUGGAUCAAGAAUCCGGAGUCCCAAGCCAAUGCCACUGUUUUCCUCGCUAAGUUCUACGGCCGAGCCGGACUUAUGAACCUCAUUAAUGCCGGCCCCGAACAUCUUCGUCCUGCGAUAUUCAGGUCCCUCCUGUACGAGGCUUGUGGAAGGAUUGUGAACCCGAUUUAUGGAUCAGUCGGGUUGCUCUGGUCCGGAAACUGGCAGCUUUGCCAGUCGGCCGUGGAAGCCGUUCUUAAAGGAGCCCCGAUCGUGCAAAUCUCUUCUGAAGCGGCUGCCAGCCCUAGUCCCCCUAUGAAAGCGUACGACAUAAGACAUGUCUCCAAGGAUGAGAACUGGGCCGCUUCCCAAGACCUUCACAAGGUCAAAACAAGGAGCCGCUUCAAGCGCUCCGCUACGAAACCCAACAAGCCCAAUCUCGUUUCUGCUGCCGAGCUCGUAGCAGAAACCCCUAUCGCCGACGCUGCCCCUAUUUGUAACCUUAGGUGGCGCAGGUGCUACCCGGAUGGUUACGAGAUGGCAACGAGCCACGACUCGUCGACGAGUCAUCACUCCGAGCACAACGGUGAAGGAGACAGUCGAGAGACCGAUAGCAUGUUCUCUGUUGAGACAGUGGAGCACUCCCUUGUUGGCCGACCUGAGCACAAAGAACCCGACCCGAAAACUUCCGACAGUCAAACCGAUGAAAGCGAGGUUGAGUUGGAGUUGACGCUGGGCUUCGAGCCGGUUUCACGCCAUCGGAGCGUGAGUCCAGCAGCCAAGGACCGUAGUGAGAUCUGCGGAUCAGGCGAUGAUGAUACAUGUAAAAUGGAAUUAAGUCUUGAUUGCAAGUCCUGAGUUAGCCGGUGAUGUUCUUUGAGGGAUGUUCAGUUUUGGCGGCUCAGAUCAUUCAUUUCUCUUUGCCAUCAAAUAAUUCCCUUUUUUUUUAUCCUUUGGUCUUUUCUUGUUUUUUUUUUCUUUCUUUGGUUGUAUAAACUUGGGUUUACAUAAGUAUAGAGAGAGAGAGAGAGAGAGAGAGAGAGAGAGACAGAGAAAGAUAAGAUGAUUAUAUACUUUACUCUUGAUAGUUGAUUUACACAUGUUGUCGAAGUGAUGCUAUCAUCGUCAAUGGAUUUGAAUGGUUUUGAUCAUGCAAAUGAUGGUGCGUGAAUCCAA